AGAAAAAAAGUUGGGAGCUCGCAAUGAAGAGAAAUGAGGACAUCAGAAAGCUACCAAUUUAUCAAAAUGAAGCAUGUGCGGCAGUGUCUCUGCAGAGACAAAGAUGUCUCCUCCGUCCUUUGAGGAGAGUCCCGUGCUUCGUAUUGAUAUGUGUGGAAGAAAGGAUUAUUCCACUCGACUGAGUUUACUGCAUUCGUAAACGCUGUGUUCCUCUCCGAAAUUGGAGUGCUCAUGGAUGCGCCCCUCUUCAUAUUGUUAUUCUUGAUUUUUCUUCACAGCUCAUUCGCUCAAUUUCCAGGACAGGAGAGCAAUGUUACGAGCAGACAAGACGGAAGAAUCUGGGAUGUCAUUAUAGCCACUUGCGAUGAACCCGGCUCUGGUACGGAUGCAGCAGUCUAUUUGAAGGUGUACUAUGAAUCCGCGCAUGAGUACGAAACCUUCAAUCUAGACAAUCCAGGAAAAGACGAUUUCGAAAGAGGAUCGAGGGAUCAUUUCAAACUCUACUUCAAGCAGAGCGAUAUCAUAAACGUUGGGCUUUUUUGGUGGCCUGGUUUCACAUUUAGCCAAUCAUGGUGUGCAAAAUGGGUUUUGCUUCUGAACUCCGACACAGAAACGUGCUUCGAGGCAAUCUUCAACAAAUGGAUUCUGCAUUAUAAGGAUCCACCUACUUAUGCAACACGGUUCCAUAAGCUACGAUUCGCCGACUGCGUUGGACCAGGAGAUACGAAAGCUCAGAGAAGAAGCUACAUGCGUUAUGAAGACACUGUAGGAGCUUACUGAAACUAAAAGAAGGUUACUGCAGCGGACGUUGAUUCUAAUACAUAUUUCAUACCAGAAAUUUGUUACGCAUGCACUAGCUGAAUGCCCAGCUUCGCCUGUCCUGCGGGCUUAAAUGGGUCAACAAAGAACUUGUUGCUUAAUUUUCAAAGCUCAACUUAUCUGCUUGGCUUCCUUCUCUUUUCCGUGAAAC